CCACCGUUGAAUUGACCCCGUGCACUGUUUUCGUAAUGCAAGUGAUUUUCAAGGAUUUCAAGAAACAGAAAGUGCCCUUGGAGGUCGAGUUGACCGACACUGUGUUGGCGACCAAGGAAAAACUCGCUGCCGAAAAGGACUGCGAAGCCCCGCAAUUAAAGUUCGUCUACUCCGGUAAAGUGUUACUGGACGAAAAGACUUUGGAGGAGUUUAAGAUCAAGGAAGGCGACUCGAUCAUUUUCAUGAUAUCCAAGGCUAAAAAGACUCCUACGCCUGCUCCUGCUGCUGCGCCAAUUACGACAACAUCUUCCGAACAGUCAUCUGCCACCCCUGGAUCUACCACUGCCACCACUACUACUGGUAAUGCUGAGGCUGCACCAGAAUCUUCUACAACUUCGGAACCAAGUUCUACUUUUGCCCAAGGCUCAGAGCGCGAAGCUAGCAUUCAGAACAUUAUGGAAAUGGGAUAUCAAAGAGCCGAAGUUGAAAAUGCAUUGAGAGCAGCUUUCAACAAUCCUCAUAGAGCCGUAGAGUAUCUCUUGACUGGAAUUCCGCAAUCUUUGCAACGUCCGGAAGUGCCAGCCGCCGUAGCUCCUGUAGCUGACUCAACUCACGAAGAGUUGGCGCAGGAUCACGACAUUGACGAUGGCGAAGAACAGGGUGAAAACUUGUUUGAAGCUGCCGCAGCCGCCCAGGCCAGAAGCCAAGGGGCUGGUGCCGUAGAACAACCGGCAACUGGUGGAGGAUUAGCGGAAAUGGGCGACGAUGAACAGAUGAACUUGUUGAGAGCAUCGUUGCAAUCAAACCCCGAGUUGAUCCAGCCUAUUUUGGAACAAUUGGCCCUGUCCAAUCCCCGAAUCGCUACUUUGAUUCAGCAAGACCCAGAAGCGUUUAUCAGAACAUUUUUGGGAGCUGGUGCCGACGAAUUGGGAUACGAAAUAGAAGGCGAUGACGGAGCUGAAGGAGCUGACGCUACCGGCCAACAGCCAAUUCGUAUUCCCUUGACAGAACAAGACCAGAAUGCAAUUGAAAGAUUGUGCGAGUUGGGCUUUGAACGUGACUUGGUGAUCCAGGUUUAUUUGGCCUGCGACAAGAACGAGGAAGUAGCUGCUGACAUCUUAUUUAGAGAUAUGUAA